AUGUUUUCGCACGCCGACCACUGGUUCUGGCCGGUGGCAUUUCCCGUUUUUGACUUCAGCUUGAAGUUCGAGGAGACGAUCCUCCAACUCCUCCCGUCAUGCUCCUUCAUUCUUUUUGCGUCAGCCACUUUUCUGUAUUACCGACAAACCAACGCCCGUAUUCGUCGGAGCAGACUGCUAUGGACUAAAUUGAGUGUUGCGCUCAUCCUCGUUGCCUUGGAGCUGGCCAACUUGGUGUUGCGUUCGUUGUCGAGCGAUUAUACUGAUACGACAUCCCCCGCUGCGUCUCUCGACUUCGUUGCCGCCUUGGCUAUUGCUGGUGUGGUAUACAUUGAACAUCGGCAUGCUAUUAGAACCUCUGCAGUCCUCGGCCUCUAUCUCGGCAUCGGCAUUCUGAUUGAUAUCACCAAAAGUCGGUCGUACUUCCUCCGCAAUUUGACAGCUUCUGGGGCUGUUGCGGCGGCAACGGCUGCUGUGCGGCUGAUUUUGGCUGUCCUAGAGGAAGUACCGAAGACCUCCCUGAUCAUCGACCCCGAGCUUCGUACCGUCUCUGAUGGCGAAGCUACAUGUGGAUUCUUCAGCAGGACAUGUUUCCUCUUUCUGCGGCCAAUGAUGCGCAUUGGCUAUCGCAGUAUACUCGCUCUAGACGAUCUGAGUGACUUAGGCAUCGAAUUUGCCUCUAGUUGCCUCUUUUCCGAGCUAUCGAACAGCUGGCCAACCUCACAACGAUCAUCGAAGCACUCCUUGUUUACCGCCUGCUUAAAAGCAUGGAAAUGGUCUAUUGCCCUCAUAUUUGUUACUCGAUUAUUCGUUAGCGGCUUCAUGUACUCGCAACCUUUCGUCAUGCAUGCCGUGAUUAGCGACAUCGGAAAGCCUGAUGAAGGACAAAAAGGAGGUCUCGUUGCAGCGACCUUGUUCGCAUUUUCCGGGCCUGCUCUAUGCCGAGCGGCUUCUACGCAGCUAAAGAAUCGCCUGGUCACUCGUGCCCGGGGUGGGUUGAUUUCUCAAAUGUUUGAUAAGUCCUACCGGCUCAAGGUAUCUGAGGCGAAGAAGCAGGCUGCAAUAACCUUGAUGAGUGCCGAUUUCGAGAGUAUCGCCGGGGGGAUCCCUGCCUGCAUCGAAGUUCCAUUCGCAAUUCUCGAAUCUUGCCUUGGCAUGUAUUUUCUCGCUCAUUUCGUGAGAUUAUCCUGCCUGGUCGUUUUUGCGCCGUUGUUUUUGACUCACGUCAUUGGUCUGGCGUUUGGAAACGCAUCGUCUUCUGCUGUGACGUACUGGAAUGAGCAUAUUGAAACCAGAGUGGCAAAGACUUCUCAAGUUCUUUCCCAGCUUCCAGCUAUCAAAAGCCUUGGACUUGGGCCUAAAAUGGCACAAUUUAUUCAGAGCCUUCGAGUUCUUGAAACAGCUGCAUCGAAGAGAUAUCGCUGCAUCCAGGCCGCGUCCCUCUCCGCAGCUGUCAUGGUUGAUCAGCUUACGCCUGUUUUCGUCGUAACAGCUGGAAUAUUUACUUAUGUGUUCGGCGAUAAGCUUGAUCCGGAAAUUGUCUACCCGACGCUCGGUGUCCUGACCCUAGUUCAAGGACCACUCGCGGAUCUGCUGACAAUGUAUCCGGAGGUCAUGUCCAUGCUGGGGUGUUUCGACAGGAUCCAACAAUUUCUGUGUCAGGACGAACAUCAAGAUCCGCGUGUAGUUUCACGCAGAGCCGAUGAAACGGAAUCAGAGAAGGCAUCCACGUCUAAUGUACGAAUCACGCCGGAGAAGACUGUUGCUCGGACUUCACUUGCUGUCAUCUGUUUCGAAAAGGCUUCGAUCGCUCCGCGUGGAUCAGAAGAAGCGCUGCUCUCAAAUGUGGAUUUCUCUAUCGAUGCUGGAUCAAUAACGUCAAUGUUUGGUCCUACAUGCUCCGGAAAGACUAUAUUCUUUGAGAGUAUAUUAGGCGAGGCCGAAAUUCUCGAAGGCAAAGUCUAUAUAGACGAGACAGUCGUCGCAAUAGCUGUCUGUGGUCAAGAUGUCUAUCUGCCAAACAGUACAGUUCGUGCCUGCAUAGUUGGAACCUGCGAAUAUGAGCCAACUUGGUUUAACACUGUUAUACGAUACUGCCAACUAUUAGAAGACCUCGAACGACUGCCAAACGGUGAACACUAUAUUAUUGGUAGUGGCGGCAUUGCUUUGAGUGGUGGACAGCGCCAAAGAAUCGGCAUUGCCCGAGCUGUUUAUUCCCGCACUAGAGUAAUUAUCUUAGAUGAUGUCUUUAGUGCGAUUGACAGGAGAACAGCUCUCGAGAUCUUACAAGGCCUAUGCGGUCAAAAUGGGCUUCUUCGUCAGCUAAACUGCACCGUGGUACUCUCUAGCUACUUGCCUGAAUGCCUCGAGAUUGCCGACAACCUUCUCCUCCUCGACGGGAGUGGCAGUAUCUCCUUCGAGCCGCGCAACUCGCAAGGUAAAGUCAAGUCACAGGUAGCUUGUCUACUUGACGAGGGGCUACUUGGACCUAAGGAAGACCUUUAUGAUGAAGAGCCAGCAGCAGAUCAGGCUAGCGACACGCCGACCGUGCCAACUAUCGGCGUCCAGCGAGUCGACGAAUCUCGGCAGAAAGGAGACAAAAAUCUGUACCUUCUGUGGAUCGAUUCUGUCGGGCGCAUGGCAAUGACCUUCUUUACCUUAUUGAUGGUAUUGGUAGCGGCGUCGGAUGCAUUUCCCUCCAUAUUUAUGAGGGUAUGGAUUGAAGUCGCCCCAACCAACAAGAAGUACCUUAUUGGCUAUGCCUUGAUAGCGGCAUCCGCUGGCAUACUCGCUGGCAUCUGUUUGGUCACUAUGUUUAUCAAACUAGCACCGCGUGCUUCCAAUGGCCUCCAUGAAAAGCUGACAAGUGUAAUGACACAAGCUACACUUGGAUUUCUGAGCACUACUGAUUCCGGGGAACUUUUGAAUCGGCACAGCGAAGAUAUGGAGCUGUUAUCGAAGCGCGUACCGACCAAAAUGUACUCAACCCUCUACAGCUCCUUGGGAGUGUUAGCUCACGUAGGAGCGGUUCUGGCCGGCACAACAUAUAUGGUCGCAAUAUUGCCCGUGGUUAUGUUUUGUCUCUUCGUUAUACAAAGAUACUAUCUUUGCACGUCCCGUCAGCUCCGACUUCUCCAAAUCGAGGCCCAGGCGCCCCUUGUCACCUCGCUACGUGAUAUCGGAACUGGUCUGGUUUACAUUCGCGGAUUUCGCUCCCAGAAGCACGACUUUUCUCGCUGCCUAUAUCUCUUAGAUCAGUCACAAAAGCCAUACUACUACCUGCUUUCCUCACAAGCACUGUUGUUUAUGGUUGUAGAGCUUGUUGUCGCAUUGAUGGCAGUGGUCCUUUCAGUCCUUGCGCUCUACGUAACAGACUCAACCUCCCCAAAUGCUACGGGUCUUGCAUUUUUGAACCUGAUCAAUCUUGGUACCGGUUUCAAUAUGGUCGUUAAUGCUUGGACAGCAAUGGAGACCGCAGUUGGCUCUUUGGCAAGAUUACGCAACUUUAUCCGAGACACUCCCACUGAGCGCAAAGCCGGAGCAGUGGACCUGCCAGAAAGUUGGCCCUCCAGAGGUGAGGUUCUCUUUGAGAACGUCGCCGCGCGCUAUAAACUGGACGACAAAACCGAACAACCUGUUGUGCUUCAGGAUAUUAAUCUUAGAAUUGAGCCUGGCAAGAAGAUUGGUAUCAUGGGGCGUACAGGCAGCGGCAAAUCCUCUCUUCUGUUCUCCCUCCUGGGGUUUCUGGAGUAUGAAGGCAAAAUCACCAUCGAUGAUGUGGAUGUUAAGACUGCUCCUCCGGAUCAGCUUCGCGCUCGUGUUAUCACCAUAUCGCAGGAUCUAGUCGAAUUAGACGGCACAAUUCGCGAUAAUCUCCUUCCGUACGACAAAUCUUGGGACAUGACAAAGCCAGUCAAGGUCGGCAUAGAGGAGCGAACUGAAGCUGAGAGGAAAGAUCAAAUUGUGCGAGAAACACUUGUGCGGUUAGGAAUCUGGGAAAGACUUCCCGCAAUGGGUGGUUUGGAUGCGAUCUUGGACAAAGUCGGCUACUCUCAUGGAGAAAAACAACUGCUAUGUAUCGCGAGGGCCGUUGUUCGCCGGCGUCUUACGGGUAGCAGGCUGGUACUGGUGGAUGAGGCGACAGCUAGCGUUGAUAGCUGGCGGGAACAGAUUGUGCGAGAGAUGAUGCUGGAGUAUUUCCGCGAUUGUACAAUCAUUGUGAUCGCACACCGCGAGGAAACUAUCGCAGACUCUAAUCGCACAGUACAUAUGGCGGGCGGCCAGGUUGAAUAUGUGGAUGACUGGGAUAAUUGGCAGGACUAG